AUGAAGGGAAAAGAUUCAGUUUUAUGGAUCACAGUGUUCGUUAUCCUGUUCCGUGUAUCUCGUGCUCUCAAAAAUGACCCACUGAACCUUGUCAGCUACCUCACCAAGCUGGGACCGUUCGGAAAUAAAACAUUGGGUGACUAUCUGGAUUUUAGCAGCUUCAUGGGCCUUUACUAUGGGGAUCCGAAUCCAAUAGUUCGUGAGUCGUACGAUUUCAUAGUGGUCGGUGCCGGACCAGCGGGAUGCGCCGUAGCAAACAAACUGUCCGAAAACCCUGCCAUAAACGUGCUUUUGCUGGAACUUGGGAAGGCAGAAAUUCCACUAGCGCAAGAUAUUCCGCCAGCUUUUGUGUAUCAAACCGUCACGGAUUACAACUUUGGGUACGUGAGCGAGCGCCAAAGUGGUGCUUGCUUGGGACUUACCAAUCAGCAGUGCGCUUGGCAUCAUGGACGCGGCUUGGGUGGUUCGACUAUCAUUAAUAAUAUGAUUUACACGAGAGGUCAUCCGCGCCAAUUUGACCGAUGGAAUGCUUCCGGUAAUCCCGGUUGGAGCUAUCAGGAUGUACUUCCUUACCUGAUCCGAGCAGAGGACGCAAAUUUGGCGGAUUUCGGAGAUAAUGAGUUUCACGGCAAAGGUGGCUACUUAUCGGUUGAGGAUUGCCCGUAUCGAUCUGCACUGGUGGAAAUUUUCGUUGAAGGUGCCCAACAAGCUGGUUUGCAAUAUAUAGACUACAACAGCGAUGAACAGCUGGGUGUUUCCUAUAUGCAAUAUAAUACCCGGCGCGGUGUGAGAUGGUCAGCGGCCAGAGCAUUGCUGACUCCCAUCCAGGAUAGAAAAAACUUACAUGUUUUGACCAAAGCAUGGGUCACAAAAGUUUUAAUCCAUAAAGACACAAAGGCAGCGUAUGGUGUGCAGUACAGUAGGGGUAAAAGGUUCUACACAGUUAAAGCUUCUAGAGAAGUGAUACUAUCGGCUGGCGCCAUCGGGAGUGCAAAAUUGCUUAUGCUGUCCGGAGUUGGGCCAAAAGAUCACCUAGAAGAGUUGGGAAUCGGGGUCAUCCGAAAUUUGCCUGUUGGUCAAACAUUGUAUGAACACCCGGGUGUUGUUGGACCCGUAUUCACUAUUACAAAGCCAUUCGAUCAUAUUUCCUUUGAAUCUAUGGUUACACUUCCAAAUAUCAUAAAAUACUUACUUGGAAAAGGCCCAUUCACGUUUGCUUUCACAGAAGGUUUAGCGUAUUACAGGAGUCCAGUAGCAUUAUAUCCGGAACCAGAUUGGCCGGAUGUUGAAUUCAUAAUAGCCACUCUACAAAUUGGGGAUGAUCCCGCUCCAGGGACGCAAAAUUUCUUCCGUAUUAGCGACGCCCUUAUGGACUCCUACUUCAGACCACUAGCGAAUACCACCUCUUUUAUGUACCUCCCGUUGCUGAUGCACAGCAGAACAAAAGGAUCGAUGAGACUGAAGUCAACCAAUCCAUACAAUCAUCCAGUGUUCAACUAUACGUAUUUCGAGGACGAUCGCGACCUCCAAGCGCUUGUCCAUGGGAUGAAGGAAACAAUACGGAUUGCCAGCCAAAAAGCAUUCACCGAUCUGGGUAUUGAACUACACACUGCCAAACUACCAGGUUGUGAAUCUCUUGAGUUCAAUACAGACGAGUACUGGCGAUGUCACGUGAGGGUCCUUACAACCACGUUUUAUCAUUAUGUAGGAACUUGCAAAAUGGGCCCAUCAACGGACCCCACAGCCGUAGUCGAUGCUCGUCUUCGGGUGCAUGGAAUGCAAAAGCUACGCGUGGUUGACAUCGGUAUCAUACCUGAGGCCCCCUCAGCACACACUGUCGCUCUGGCUUACCUUAUCGGCGAUAAAGGAGCGGACAUGAUCAAACAAGAUAAUGAACUUCGGUGAUGAACAAUGUACAUCUAUGAUUAAUAACUGAUUCGCUCCUUCGGUGGAAUCCGAAAACGGCCGUAUCCUUGGCCGAAUGUUCGCAAAGUUCGUUCAUAAAAGGUUCGACCAUCAACAUUGAAAAUUGGUUAUAUUUACCUGUGUGUUGUUUAUAAAAACGCCGGUACGUUGAUGACAACGUAUCUCAUUGUGCAUGCAACGCGACACUUCCACCGUAUCUCAUUCCAGCGAUAGUGAAACUGAUUUUGGGGCAGCUCUUCGUGAA